AUGAAGGCGGCUCAGUUUCAUGGACGGGGUGACAUUCGGGUUGAUCAAGUCGAGGAGCCGCGAUGUGGCAAGGGGCAAGUGAAGAUGAGACCUGCCUACGUGGGAAUCUGUGGAAGUGAUCUCCAUGAAUUCACCGCUGGCCCUGUCUUGAUCCCCGAGGAACCGCACGCUAUCACAGGCACAAAGUAUCCGGUCACGAUGGGCCACGAAUUCAGCGGCAUCGUCGAAGAGGUCGGAGAGGACGUCACACGCCUCUCGCCUGGCCAACGGGUAGCCGUUCGGCCUACAAUCUUCGACCGGACGUGUUCCGCUUGCAAGAUGGGGUUGGAAUAUUGCUGCGAGAAUAUCGGAUUCAUCGGGCUGAGCGGAUAUGGCGGUGGCAUGGCAACCCACGUUGUAGCCCCCGUCGAGCAUUUCUACCUACUCCCCGACACAUUAUCGCUGGAGGUUGCGGCGCUGAUCGAGCCUCUAGCGGUAGCAUGGCAUGCCGUCAGCAUCUCGCCCUUCCAAGCCGGCGAUAAUGUCCUAGUUCUAGGUGGGGGGGCAGUAGGGAUCGGCGUGGUGCAAGUUCUGAAACUGCAGGGAGCGAAGAACAUCAUCGUCGCCGAGCUGAUGGAGAACCGAAAGAGACUCGCGCAAGAAUUCGGUGCCACCGUCAUUGUUGACCCGCGCGAAGACGAUCUCACCCAAACCGUCCGCUCGAUCACCGCCGGGCAAGGUGCAGACAUCGUCUUCGAUGCCGCGGGCGUGGAGAGCGCCCUGAACAGCGCGAUCCCGGCGUGUCGCACCCACGGGACGAUUGUCAACAUCGCCGUGUGGGAGAAACAGCCGGCCAUACGGGUGAAUGAGCUGAUGUACAGCGAGAUCAUGUACAUGGGGGCUGCGUUGUACGACGAGAGCGCUUUUGUCGAUGUGAUAGAGGCAUUGAACAAUGGCCAAUUGAAGCCGGAGAAGAUGAUUACCAACAAGAUCAAGCUGGAUGACGUGGUUGAGAAGGGAUUCGAGGCGCUGGUCGAACACAAGGACCGGCAUUGCAAGAUUCUUGUUGAUGUGCAGGCUGGUUGA